CCAAUGUUUUCGAUAAUGAAGAGACGACACUACUUGUCACAGUUUGAGAUGAUUCAGGCUUUGUGACACGUCUGAUGCUGGAAGUAGCCAUCAGAAGAUCGGUACACUGUGGUCAUGUACAUGGUCAGCAACAAUAGUCUGGUAGGCUGUGGCACUUAAAUGAUGCAACACUGGUACUAAGGGGCACAAAGUGUAGCAAGAAAAUACCCCCCCCCCCCCCCCAAUUUCAUCACCACCAGCCUUAACUAUUGAUAAAAGGAUAGGAUGGAUGCAUGCUUUCAUGUCAUUUACACAAAAUUCUGACUCCAUCCGACUCACUAGACCAAGCAACAUUUCACCAAUCAUCUGUUGUUCAAAUUUUGUUGAGCCUGUGCAAAUUGUAGCCGCAGUUUCCUGUUAUUUUAGUGACUACUGCCUUUCUAUCAACUUCAACCAGUCUGGCCUCUCUCUUCCGAUUUCUGGCAUCAACCUCUGCCAUUUUUGCCCAACUUUCUCUGUAAACUCUAGAGAUGUUUGUGCAUGAAAAUCCCAGUAGAUCAGCAGUUUUUGAAAUACUCAGACCAGCCUGUCCGGCACCAACAACCAUAGCACAUUGUCAGUUUGAACUUCAGCAGAUCGUUUUGACCAUGCCUACCUAAAUGCAUUCAGUUGCUGCCAUGUAAUUAACUGAAUAUAUACCGUAGGUGUUGAGGGCAGUUGAACAUGUAAAGUGGCCGGUGAGUGUAUAGCACCUAAUGGUGCCUAAAAGUUUUGAAUUACAUACGUAAAACAUUAUUUUCAGCCUUUUAAUUGGUCAUAUAAUGUGCUUUCUCAGCCAUACGAAACAACAAUCAUGACAUGAUGAAAAUGUUACUCUGUAUGGGUGCCAACGUUAACCAAGAGGGAGCAAACCAAAGGACUGCGCUGCAUGAGGCUGCCCGGCUGGGAAAACAGGAUUUUGUGGAGCAGCUAUUGAAGGCUGGUGCAUGGCCUGACCCCCACAGUGCCUAUGGGCUCACUCCUCUGGCUCUUGCAGCUCAGAUUGGACACAUGGGCAUUGUCCACACAUUGCUGAAAAGAGGGGCUGAUGUUAAGUCCCAAGCACAGGACAGUGCCUCUAUAUUAUUUGAAGCUGCAGCAUCUGGAAAUGCAGAAGUAAUCUCCCUCCUACUAAAAUAUGGGGCAGAUCCUGAUGUGCCCAAACACACAGGGCAUCUACCCAUUCAUAGAGUGGCUCAUCGUGGACAUGUGGCGGCACUGGCUCUCCUUAUCCCUGUGACAACGUUUGAGGCCGUGGAUGAUAGCGGCAUAAGCCCUCUGCACUCUGCAGCUGCUGGGGGCCAGACACAAUGCUUGGAGAUGUUGUUGUCUGCUGGCUACGACCCCAAUUUCAUGCUCCACCCCUGGGUGCGCCGUAAUUAUGAUGACCAGCGCAAGUCUGCCCUCUACUUUGCAGUGUCCAAUGAGGACCUACGCUCUGUAGAAAUUCUGUUAGAGGCUGGCGCUAUGCCCAACCAAGACCCUGUGAAGUGUCUGCAUGUAGCAUUACGGACGGGUAACCAUGACUUGAUCAACCUGCUGCUCCGCUAUGGUGCUAAUGUCAACUACGUCUCACGUGUCAAUCCCACACAUUAUCCCACGGCACUGCAGCAUGCUCUCAAGGAUGAGCUCCUCCUGAGAAUGCUGUUCAAUUAUGGCUAUGAUGUGAAGCGAUGCUUUGACUGCCCCUAUGGCCAAGGGUCCCAUGUGCCUCCUGACUAUGAGGGCUGGAGCAACACGGUCAUCAAGGACACCAUGUUUUGUGAAGUGAUCACAUUGCACUGUCUAAAGCAUCUGACUGGACAUGUAGUGCGCGUCAUGAUGGAUUAUGUUGACCAUGCCACCUUCUGCUCCAAACUCAAGGCUGCUCUGGUGGAAAACAAAGAAUGGCCAGAUAUCUGUCAGAUUCAAGAAAAUGUGAGGCCCCUUCAACACCUGUGCCGGCUGAGAAUCAGGAACUGCCUUGGCCGCUUGCGUCUCCGAGCACCUGUCUUCAUGAGCUUCCUCCCUCUGCCAGAUCGUCUUAAGGAAUACAUCUUGUACCGUGAAUAUGAUCUCUACGGACAAAGAAACAAGAUGAGGCAUGUGACAUGAAGUCCUGAGAUUGACUGUUUAGCUGUUUGGUGUUUGAAUUGCUACCAGAACAAAUGCACUUUUUGUUUCCCAUGAAUUUACAAAAGCAUUGGCAACACAAGAUGUGACAUGCCUAUUGAAGGUCAAACUGCUCUUAAAAUAUUUGCAAAUGUAGGCAAAAUUUUAAUAGCUAACAUUUGCUAUGGUGAUUUAAAAGUUAUUUAUUUUAACAUUUGCUUUUAAUUGACAGAAUAGUGGAAAGCAAACAGAGCAGGACAGUUUAUGGGGAGGCUAUAUUGAGAAAUGACCCACAUCGGGCUAAAAUCCAGGUCCUCAUGGGUACUCGCUCAUGCCUGUAUAGUAAGGGACACCAUUGCUAUUGCAGUGCCAUAGCUCUUUUAAAUAUUUCCUUGUACUCAAUGUGCUCUAAUUCUCAACAUUUUGAAAUUGGCUAAUUUUGCGAUGUGUCUAAACAUACAAUGUUUGGUAAACCAAGGCAAGAUUCUUAAUUGUUUACAAAGUGAUUUUAGUGAACUAUUACUGAAAUUGUAUUUGACUGUUCAUAGUGUUUUGUUGAUUGUUUACAUUACAUUCUGCUACAGCGAUACUGGAACAAGCACUGCAGCACUUUCUUAUGCAAGGCAAGUUAUCUUCGAAAAAGCACCUUUUGUGCAAUGUUUGUUGCAGUGUCUCUGUGUUUCUAGGCAACCAUUCCGCAUGAAAACAUCAAAACAUAUUUCCAACAUCAAAACAUAUUUCCUGAAUUAUUAUUUAUGAAUAAAUCAUUAUAUUAUCA